AUGGCGCCAGAAAGAUCGAUAGUAGUAUUGCUGGCGAUUAUGUUGGUAGUAAUAGCUGAAGUUCAAAGUUCGCCAUUGCUAGCAAAAGAAGCGAAAAGUUCCAGUACGGAUGUGGCAUCGGGAAGACAGCGUGGUCCUUUCCAUUCUGCAGUUUAUCCAUUCGGGUGGGGUUGGGGCAUUGCCGCGUUUGUGAUAGCGAUCGUGAAGGGUGCGAUCUGGCUCGGUAUCAUCAUGAUCUGGGCAUUCUUUAAAGGAUUCCCGGCCAAACAUGGCUGUGCACCGAUUAUUCUGCGCGAGUCCGUACCGUACUAUCACGAUCACCAUCAUCACGAUCAUCAUGAGGAAAUCAUUUGGGAUAAGCCACCACACCGACGGCGAUCGAUCCGGGAAGCGGUACAACCGGGCCAGGAGUCGGACCUCCUCCUUACCGACAUGAUGACGGAUCUGGCGUUCAGUUUUCUGGGCGUCCAUACGACGGACUGUCGUAAGCGGUUCGUGUGUGAGGUGGACGUGAGAGCAAAGAGUGACUUCCUGCUGAAGCUUGGUACGCGUAUGUUGGGGGUGGACAUCUUCCGGAAGUACCGAUCGCCCGGCGAUGUUGCGGCCGAAAGCAUUGAACAGUGUGCGGAGCUGUAUGGGAUGUGUAAGGCAUCGGGGAGCUCAAUUACGAUGAACGUUAUGGAGGGCAACAUGCAGGGAUCGAUCGAUGAUUAUGAUGAAGUUGGGGGAAAUCAGGUACAACAGCGGUAGGGAUGGAAGUGAUUGAGUAGUAUAGCGAUAUUUAUGGAGCUGUUAUUUAUUAUAGGUUUAUGAAAUAAAGUAUUGAAAAUAAAAAAAAA